UUCACUCACGCUCUGCCUCUUUGUGUCUUGCUCUCUGAAUGCACUCGUAAGUUUAAUCUCCGCUAAGGAGGAGGAGGAGCGCCAGUACAUGUUAGGCAUCUCACUCACUGACAGAUGCAGUGCUCACCAAGGGGAGACACAAGAAUAUAUCUUCUACACUGCUGCAUCAAUUUGUUUCUUUAUGUUUGAAGUCUAUUUGGGCAUUUCCGUGUAUUGGCACUGCCAAGUGAUAUACAUCCAGCACUAAGCUGAGCUUACAAGGAAACUGAAAAAUGUAAGAACUGUGUUCCUGAUCAGGGUUGAAACAAGGACUCAAACCAGAACCUGAAAAGGAAAUAAGGACAAAGAAGCUGCUUUUCUGUGACCGUUUUACACUUUAGAAGAGAACAAAUCUAGGAAAAGCUCUUACGCGGGGCAUGGGAGCCAUGCAGGUAGUUUUGGACAGCAGGAUAAGCGAGAAUCGAGCUGUGAGCUCCUUGUGCCGAAAGCAAUAACAUGUUAGUUAAGCGAGUCAGGCUUCAGUUGUGUUCUCCUGCUGCCGGAUCAGCCCUCCAGAUAUUCACUUCCUCUUACUGAGGUCUCCAACUAAACCGUGCGGGAGUCAAGGGCGAGCACAUCGCACUGGAACUUUUCAGGAUGUGCUUCUAACCAGCUCUCGAGACAAUCUGCCUUUCUCUGCUUCUCUUUGCCUUUGUUUCUGUUGACUUUUGUACUUUUUAGUUGAAUCUUUUUCUGUGUGACGACCGUGCGUCCCCCGAGACAGGAUGCAGGUGUCAUUUGUGUGCACGGACCACCGGUCCAUGAGCCGCAGCACGGAUGACAGGCUCAAUCGGCAAAAUGCCAACAGCCCGAACACAGGCACCCGGAGCAAGUUUAAAGCCGUGGCCAUGGUGGCCCGGAGCCUUGGCCAGCUGUCUGUCCAGAGUGUGCCCUCUUCAAGUGACCAGAGCAUGAGAACUGGCAUGAAAUAUAGAAACCUGGGGAAGUCGGGCCUGAGAGUCUCUUGUCUUGGAUUAGGAACAUGGGUGACAUUUGGAGGACAGAUCACAGAUGAGAUGGCAGAGCAGCUGAUGACUCUGGCAUACGAGAAUGGGAUCAAUCUGUUCGAUACGGCAGAGGUCUACGCUGCAGGAAAGGCCGAGGUGGUGCUGGGCAACAUCAUAAAGAAGAAAGGAUGGAGACGCUCCAGUUUAGUCAUUACAACAAAAAUAUUUUGGGGUGGAAAAGCAGAGACAGAGAGAGGACUGUCUAGAAAACACAUUAUAGAAGGUUUAAAGGCAUCGUUGGAGAGAUUGCAGUUAGAAUAUGUGGAUGUAGUGUUUGCAAACAGACCAGAUCCCAACACUCCCAUGGAAGAGACAGUGCGAGCGAUGACCCAUGUGAUCAAUCAGGGAAUGGCGAUGUACUGGGGCACAUCACGCUGGAGUCCGAUGGAAAUCAUGGAGGCAUAUUCUGUGGCCCGGCAGUUUAACCAGAUCCCACCAAUCUGCGAACAGUCGGAAUAUCACAUGUUCCAGAGAGAGAAAGUGGAAGUACAACUUCCUGAGCUCUUCCAUAAGAUCGGUGUGGGUGCGAUGACAUGGUCCCCGCUGGCCUGCGGGAUAAUCUCAGGAAAAUAUGACAGCGGGGUGCCACCGUACUCUCGAGCCUCUCUGAAGGGCUACCAGUGGUUGAAGGACAAGAUCUUGAGCGAGGAGGGCCGACGCCAGCAGGCGAAGCUGAAAGAGCUGCAGGCAAUCGCUGAGCGGCUGGGCUGCACGCUGCCACAGCUAGCCAUCGCAUGGUGCCUGAGAAAUGAGGGCGUGAGCUCUGUGCUCUUAGGAGCCUCCAACACCGACCAGCUCAUGGAGAAUAUCGGAGCAAUACAGGUUCUUCCAAAGUUGUCCUCCUCUAUCGUACAUGAGGUGGACAGUAUCCUGGGCAACAAACCCUACAGUAAAAAGGACUACCGCUCCUAGUGUGGAACCGGACGGGACGCGCUCCGCACCCACCUUUGCCUGAUCCUCCUUUCGCUUCAGCUUUUACUGAAUGAGUACCGGCCGCAUGAGACGGGAAAGCAUCCACAAACCUUGAAGAGCAAGACUUACAACACAAAGGGCAAGAAAAAUGUGAAAAAUUAAACAAAUCAAAGACAUUCACUGACAAAAGAAGUUGAAAUGCAGGAUAGAAAGCAAUGUAUUGAAGAUAUGAGAUUUACAGAUUUUUCGUUAUACGUUCAACCCUACAGAAAAUGUACUUUAAAAUGAGAACGUUAGGGUAAUUAAGAACAAAAUUUAAAAGAUGCUUACAUUUUUUUUUUUUAUAUAUAAAACAUGCUUGCUUGGUUGCUGGAAAUAUUCAGUUCUUCUCUUGCUUUUUUUAAAAAUAUUGAAUGCAUAUUAACAAAAAUGGAGCGCAAGCUGAAAAAGGUAAUUAAGUACAUGAUCAGUUACACAUGAUCCAUAGUCACUCAUGUGAUUCAUUUGGGUUUGCACACGUCGCUCACGUCAUCGAGGUGUCUCAACCCAGAACUUUUCACUGUGUGGUCUGCGUUAUGUAUGCACACGCCCCCCCUUCGCAGGCAAACCAAUAAGCACUUUAAGAGGGAACAUCAGAGGAAGUUUCUCUGUUUAAACUGAUUUAAAUGCAGCUCCUCUCAAGAAGGGCAAAAAAACUAUCGCUUUUCCUUAUUCUGCACUGGACAUUGCUUGUCUUGAUGUCCGUUCCUUGAUGUUCAGCAUCAAAACACAGUCCUGGCUUUUCAUCUGUCAUUGCUUUGCUGACAGAUCAUUCUGAUGUCAACAUCAUCAGAUGUGGUUUUGGAGGGCAACUGUCUGUGUUGUUGCUGAAGAUCUGUGGAAACUGACAAUGAUGCACCUUCCACAGGAAGGAUCUGCUCCCAGCACACUUGUUUAGUGUUUUAUAUAAUGAUAUUAAAAUUAUUCACUCUAAUUUAUUAGAAUUAAAUGUAGAUUGAAUUAUCUGACAAAAUAAUGGGAUAAGCAUGCUUCUGUUGGCAAAGUUUUUAAUGCUUAAAAUUUGAAGUUAAUCUCACGAAAACUGUCAAGAACAUGCCUGGGUCAUAUUUCACCACAAAAUCAAAAGAUAUUCAGUUAUAUUUUGCAUAAUAGAAUGAAGCUUAUUAUUAAGAUCAUUAAAAGGUUUUGCAUUAUUUUCAUGACAAUUAAAUACUGUACAUUUCCCCUCCAAAUUCGUAUUAUUGGGAUGUGAAAAAAUCUCAUCCUUAUUACCGUAAAACGAGAAAAAAGGAUAUAAUUUAAAUUGUAAAGUAUAAUUGUAAUUGUACACACACACACAGUUGUGACAAAAAAUAUUGGCAUCCUUGGUAAAUAUGAGCAAAGAAGUCUGUGGGGAAAAAAAAAAAAAAAAAAAUCUAACCUUUAAUUGAAGUAAAACAAUUGAAAUGGGAAAUAUCUUAUUAUUAAAUAAAUAUUUUUCUCCAAAACGCAUUGGCCAUAAUUAUCGCCACCCUUUUAUUCAAUACUUUUUUCAACCUCCCUUUGCCAAGAUAACAGCUCUGAGUCUUCUCCAAUAUAGACACGUCCUUUUCCAGGCCGUUUCUUAAGAUCUCCAGUUGAUUGGAACAUGUUUAUUAUUGCCCUGAUGGUGGAAAUGGGUAUUUUCAAUGCUUUGGCUAUUUUCUUAUAGCCACUUCCUCAUUUUGUGAAGCUCAACAACCUUUUGCUGCACAUCAGAACUAUAUUCUUUAGUCUAACCCACUGUGAUGAUUAAGGGAAUUUGGCUUGUGUGUUACCUCAUAUUUAUACCCCUGUGAAACAGGAAGUCAUGGCUGAACAAUUUCAUGUUACUAGUCACCCAGGUGCACUAAAAAAUUUAAAAUAUGAAUGGGAAUAUACUUCAGAUAUAUUUUAUUUCAAGAAUUUCUAGGGGUGCCAAUAAUUGUGGCCAAUGUGUUUUGGAGAAAAAUAUUUAUUUCAUAAUGAGAUAUUUCCCCUGUUUCAAUUGUUAGAUUUUUGUAAAUGAAAGGAUAAAUAAUGCAGAUUUUUUCUCACAGCCUUCUUUGCUCAUAUUUAACAAGGGUGCCAUUAUUUUGGCCACAACUGUAUAUAUAAUAAUAUAUACAGGAUUUCAUUGUGAAAUUUGCCCUGUAAGGCAAAUUCAUCAAUGAUUAAGAAACAAGUACAAAAAUUGCAUAGUGUUAGCCCUAAUGGUUAUGAAUCUGGGCUGCUAACACAAAGGUUGCAAGUUCAAUCUUAAAUAGAGGUGAAAUGCACUUGCAAUUAUUGUACUCGGCCUAUUUUUAGCAUACUGCUUAUUGGCAAAAAAAAAAAAAAGCAGACAAAAAUGUCAUAAUAGUCUCUGCAAGUGUUUCUGGGGGUGGCAUAACUCCAGCAGCCUUACAGCUACGGUCACUUGAGGCCUUCCACAGCACAGUGCUGUGAUUUGGCAGAUGUUCCAAGCCAAUAGAAAAGCAGACUGUUUAAACUGCAUUAUCUCACCUGCCCAAUAGGAGCAUAGACCCGUUUGUGUCAGCAGCUCAGGGACUAUGGUAGAAUGUCUGUUUCUCUGCUAGUCCGUGUGCACGACAGUGUGAGCUACAUUUCUUCAUCACAUUUCUGUUCACUGGACAUUCCUUGUAUGUUCCAGUUAUGAUACAAGUGGCUGAAGCCAAAGAUUCAUCCCACAUCCUGUCAGUAACGUGACUCCCAUGUCCUUUUUCUGACAGUAUCGGUCAUUUAGCAGCAUGAAUCUGGUCUUUGAACUGUGCUACACAAUCUUCCUUCACUUUGUAUAUUCACUCUGGUUAUGCUCUUUGCUGCGCUAUAAAUAUAAGUGCAUAUACAUACUUAGUUCAGAUAUACAUAGUGCACCCAGUAUGAGUGAUAAGCAGCCUAUAGAUGUUUUUUAAACUGAGGUUGGUCACAAAGCCUAUCAUUGAUCAGUAAGAUAUUAAGUAUUGAAAUUGAUAAGAGAGCCAAACCCUUCUCAGUGUGCACUGUUUAAUCCAACUGUCUCCGAUCAAGCGCAAGGGAAUUGCAUGAGGUACAUUUUGGAAGCAUGCUAUACCCUCCACCAUUAUAGGUUCAAUGCAGUUAUGCUCAAGGAAUGAGCUGCUGUUAUACUGGCUAGUGCUACUUUUUAAAUCCUGUUUAAACUGUCAGAUUUGCACAGAUACACUUAAGGUCGACAAGAAGGGAAUUGCAUAGUAAAAUUAACUUGAUAUAAUUUAUGAAAAGGCAAGAAUAACAGUAGUGAUUAAAAAUACAUAAAUAUAAAUACCUACCCCACCGAUCCGAUGAAGAGAGAACUACUUGCCCUUGUUUAUUUAAAAAAAAAAAAAAAUGAAUUGCCCACACCCCCAAAGAUUGUAUCUUAGUACUGGCCUGGUAAAGACAAAGUGUUUUAAACUUGUGUUAUUUCUUGAAAAUGCAUUUAUCUUUAUGUACCAGGUUCAGUUAAGGCCGAAGUAAACUUUGAUUUUUCUGUGUGCCAUACGUGUCAUGCACAAUUUGCGUGAUGUUAUUUAUAAUCAAUAGUGAUUAAAAAUACAUAAAUAUAAAUACCUCCUCAUUGUUAACCUUGCUUUUUCUUAAAUUAAAAACUUAGCAUACCCCAGCCUUAACUGUACAGUUACAUUCAUGAUCUAGAUUAACAUUAAAAACAAAUGAAUGUUGACAUUUUUUGUCCAUAUCAUCCAAGUUUGUGUAGUCUCUCUGAAGUACAUCAAACUAAAUGUUUGGAGCCACGUACUGUAAAUUCUUUGUCUGCUAAUAACAGUUAUUCCUAAACAACAGUGAAAGAUUUGCACUUUAUUCGUUAAGCAUUUGUGUAGUUGGGGUUAAUACAUUUACAUUUAUAGUUUUUAUGUCUUUCUCUGUUUUCCCCUUAAAGAUGUGUUCCUGUUUCAAUACAAGUUAAGCAUCAUGCGUCUGUGGCAUGUGGUCGAUUUCUGUCAAAAAUCAGUUUGAUUCGUCUAUUAGUUUGUAAAAAAACAAACAAAAUUAGUUUACCGUAAUGCAUUAACAAUGGAAGUGUAUGGGGCAUGGUAUUUCGGAGCAUAUAAAGGAAUGUUCCAGGUUCAAUACAAGUUAAGCUAGACAACAUCAUUUAUAAUGUUAAUUACCACAAAAAUUAUUUUGACGUCUUUCGUUUAUUUUUUAUUUUUUUUAAGCAAAAAUUGCUGUAAAAAUAGGGCACUUACAAUGGAAGUGAAUGGGGCCAAUCUGUAAACUGUCAAAUAUACACUGUUUCAAAAGAAUAGCCACAAGAAGUAAACAUUAUGGGCCCUAUUUUAAGAGCACUAAGUGCAGCGCUAUACCAUAAAGCAUAAGCACAAAGUCAAUGGACAUGGCCAUGAAGUUUUGGUAUUUUCUUGCAAGCAUGCUCUAAGUCUAGGAGCAAGUGGAUUUGGCAAAAUCAUGCGCACAAUGCGCUAAUGGGCUGGAUCAAGUGCAAGUUAAUUCUGAGGUUUUUCCCGGGUUAUUCCACCAUCUGUGUCCAAUUAUAUAGUCCAUUCCCUUAAACACCAGCUAUAUGAACAAUGACAGCACAUUCAUAAGAAGUUGACAGUGUAAAUGGACUGUAUACAAUUAAAUAUAAGAAUUAAAAAUCAUGUUCUUUUGUGCAUUAACUGUGUCCUUGAUGAAUGUCAGGCAUAUUUGUAUGACAGUAACACGCUCCUUUUAUAUGCAUAGAAAAUGUUAUUCUCGUCAGAAUUUGGAUGUACGCUUCGUUAAAUUAUAGAGAAUGUCAAAUAUUAUUAAUCAUAUUUAUCUACUGACACAAAUCAUAGCUAGAAAUAAAAUAGUGAUUGUACCGGCACACCCUUCACUUCUACCGGUCGAUUUUGAUCUUGAACAAUAAAAAACAUUUAUUGAAACAAAAUAUUUCAACCAUUCUAAAUUCAAAUUACACCAAACAAAAUGAAAAUAGACUCUAAAUAUAACAAAGUGGUCAAAAAAUAAUACCAAAUCCAAACAUUUUACUCUGUCCAACUUAACUAAAAUGCUAAAAAUAACACACAUACACUUGUUAAUUUUUUAUUUCAUUUUAUUCACAAAUGUUACCAAGAACAGUUUCAAAAUAAGAUAACUUCAACAAACUAUGCUUUUCUUUUGUGGGGAAAAAAAAUAAUAAUUUGCAUUAAUAAAAAUAGAAAAAGGCGGAAAAAAUAACAGUAAAAGCACGUGCACUCAUCUGGAGCUUACAUAGAAAUCAAUACUGAUGGCAUGAGCUUCAACAUAAAGGCCAGCAUAUUUUUAUCAUUUCACAUGUUAUUAUUCAGAAAAAAAAUAAGUGGUGAAAGUGUGCUUUUUAUAAAAAAAUGGUUCUGCAUUUUCUUUCCGCCAAUAAAAGCAGAUCUUCAUCUCUUGGUUUGCAUGACUCUGACCGGAACCAAAUACAAAUAGAGUAGAAGAAUUCGAUAAGAAUCAAAAUAUUGCCACACUUGUGUUUGUGUGUGAAAAUGUGCACCAAAGACAUCAUUAUAUUUUCUUCUCUCAUCCAACACCUCGAUGACACAUCCACAGUGCCCCCCAGUGGACUCAAUUGUAACUGCAUGAUUUGUUGAAAGGAGUAAUUCAGCGCUGAUCUCGGCAGGCAAAUACGUAAAGGAAAAUUAACUUGCGAUAUUCCAGUAGUGUUUUUAAUACUCGAGUAGCUGAUGCAGAACGAUUACUCUAACUCAUGCACAUCCCAAGUAGUAAGCAAUUGUAUCGCACUGAUCUCACAAAUAUAAUGUGCUAGUCUUGUGGUUGUACUUUUAAAACCAUUUUAAUGUUGCCUUUCCCCAUAGACUUCCAUUGUAAGCGCAUUACCGUAAACGAUUUUUGCUUGUUUUUGCAAAUCGACCACACAAACUACAUUGCCUGUGGUUAUCGACAGCAUGUCAGAGAUGCUGUCCAUAGAGCUUAACUUGUUUUGAACCUGAAACAUUCUUUUAAAUUUCAUUGUGUAUUUUUAUAACCAAAAGUAUGAGUCGAUUAAAACAUCAAAACGUAGUCAUAUCAUUUUGAGUGUGAGAACUGAGUCCAAGUCAUUUUUUCAGACAUUUAAUGAAGAUUUGUAAGAAGAACAAAGGCAGUUAAUAUUAGUUUCGAUUCAGACAUGAAUGAAGUGUUUGGUAUUGAUGUAUUCUCAUGCAAAAGAAUAGUCAUCACUGUGUUCUUUUGAUACCAGAACUGGUGAAUGAAGGCUCGAGAAGGCCACAAUCAAAGAGCUAUGAAAUGUAAAUGUUUGUCAUAUGAGAUUGAAUGGACUUGUUUUAUUUGAUGAGACUGCAGACUAAUAUGUCAUGUUGUUUAUUAGUGUUUUACGGUGUCAACCUGUUUCUGGCAGUUAAAUACUGUAGGUUUGCUCUUAAUGCACUGAGCGGGAGCUGUGAUGUUUGUUGAACAUGGUCUUAAAAAGGCAGCCUUCUGGCACUUAUUUUGUUUGGAGUAUGAUAGCGCCCCCACUUGGUCAUCUGUUUGUAUUAUCUGGAGAAAAAAAAAUAAUCACCUUAGACAAUUGUUGUCCAUGAUUCCAAGUAAAACAAUGAAAGUGUUUAGUUCAUUUGGACGAGACAUUUUAAGCAAGUGUUUGAGAGUGAAAUAGUGGGCAAAACGGAGAUAAGUACAUUUAAUGAAUGGAAAGCUGUAUUAAAAAAAAUCUGCUAUCAUUCAGUACAACCAUAGAGAUAAUGACCACAUCUAGGAUAUUUUACAGGUUAGAGGAGUUAGAUGUGAUGCGAGAGUGAUUACUUUCGAGUACCAUACCUUAUUUCCCAAGGAGAUUAUUUUUCAUGUUUAAUAUUUUACAAAGAUAAAGACAAAAGUAUGAUUUUAUUUUUUUACCAUUCUUUGUUGCCCUCUGAUGGUACUGAAGACGAUGAUGACAAAGAUUACAAAGAGCAAUUAUUUGCACUGAAUAUGCAUUUUGGAGAAUUCUGUGAAAUGUAUAUUACAACACAAGAUACAAUUCCACGCAUUGUGGAAAAAUACUGCAUCUCGAGUCAGCAAUCUACACCGAUCAGCCACAACAUUAAAACCACCUGCCUAAUAUUGUGUAGGUCCCCCUCAUGCCGCCAAAACAGCGGCAACCUUCUGAGAUGCUAUUCUUCUCAACACAAUUGUACAGAGCGGUUAUCUGAGUUACCGUAGACUUUGUCAGUUCAAACCAGUCUGACCAUUCUCUGUUGACCUCUCUCAUCAACAAGGCGUUUCUGUUCACAGAACUGCCGCUCACUGGAUGUUUUUUGUUUUUGGCUCCAUUCUGAGUAAAUUCUAGAGACUGUUGUGUGUGAAAAUCCCAGGAGAUCAGCAGUUACAGAAAUACACAAACCAGCCCAUCUGGCACCAACAAUCAUGCCACGCUCCAAAUCACUGAGAUCACAAUUUUUUCCCCAUUCUGAUGGUUGAUGUGAACAUUAACUGAAUCUCCUGACCCGUAUCUGCUUGAUUUUAUGCACUGCACUGCUGCCACACAAUUGGCUGAUUAGAUAAUCGCAUGGAUGAUUGUUGGUGCCAGAUGGGCUGGUUUGAGUAUUUCUGUAACUGUUGUAAUGCACUGUUUUGGUGGCACAAGGGGGACCUACACAAUAUUAGGCAGGUGGUUUUAAUGUUGUGGCUGAUCGGUGUAUAUAUAAUUUGACCUUUGUACAUAUAUACAUAAGUAUUUAUGGUUGCGCUCACUUCAGCCUUUUUUUGUUUUUGUUUAUUUUCAUUGAAAGGCAUUUGCUGACUGCAUUGUGCUUGAAUCUGAAUUUAGAUAUGUACAGCGCCAGUAUCUAUGAAAUGAGAACUAUAAAAUAAUGACAAUGAAAAACAAA